GGGCGGUGGGGUUGGAGCACCUGGGGCAACCGGAGGGCACUUUCCGUAGUUGAAGCGCAGUAUUCUGUUGCGUUGGAUUCGCGUAGCUGUUCUGCCCUUGCGGUCCAGCGUGGGGAGACGCUGUGAAUUUUGGCCAAGAGGAAAGUGUGGAGUGCAAGAUACCGCAUCAUGCCCGCCUGAUCCAGCCACAUCUCAAAAGCCCCAUCUAUAAGCGCAGAAGUCUUUGGAAGGACAACUAGAUUCAAGCUUUCGCAACAGGGAAGCCAGGAGAUGAAGUGGAUUUCUGAGGAGUGUGAGAAAUUGGUUUGGCAUUUUGAAUUGCAGUGGCUGCCGGAAGAAGUACGAUGUGGUCUGAGGGACGAUACAACUACGAAAGUCUUCCAACAGAACAAGUACCUCCUCAGACUGACCCCAGUGAUGGCUACCAUGGGGUAGUUAAUAUUGUGCCACAGAAACCACCACUGCUAGACAGACCUGGUGAAGAAAGCUACAGUAGAUAUCACAGCCAUGUUGGUUACCAAGAAUAUGUCCAGGGUUGCAGUUUUUCUCAUGAUCGAAGAAGUGGUCCACCUCAUGGAGGAGAUGAAUCUGGCUAUAGAUGGUCAAGAGACGAUCAUUCCUCAAGACAACAGACUGAUUACAGGGACACGAGAGAUGACUUUGGAAGCGAAAGUUUCUACUCUUUCCAUUGUAUAAGAGACCGGUCUCCUCAUAAAAGGGAUGCUCCUUUUUUCCAAGAAUCGUCAGUAGGCCAAAAGGACUCUCCACACAGCAGAUCUGGCUCCAGUGUCAGUAGUCGAAGCUACUCUCCAGACCGAAGCAAAACGUACUCUUUCCAUGAAUCUCAACAGAGAAAUGAGGAGAGACUAGUCCAGCCUUUGAAACCAUCAAGAGACACUUCACCGUCAAGUUCUUCAGCAGGUCCUUCAUCAAAGGUGUUAGAUAAACCCAGCAGGCUAACUGAAAAGGAAUUUGCUGAGGCUACAAGCAGGUGGGCUGCUGAAAAGCUGCAGAAGUCAGAAGAGAACAGCUCGCCUGGGUUUUCUGAGUUCCAGGCCUUCUUUGGGUUCCUGCAAAGGCUGUGCAUCCCUACCAUGUGUAAUGAGUCGGGAAGCAAUCCUCUCCUGGAGCUUCAGAAGCUGGCAAUACAGCUUCCCCCGGGAACAAGCAGGAAGAGGAAAAGGAUGGGCCCCCUGCCCUCUACGACACAUGCUUCAGGACCCACCUGGGGAGACAUUAAGAAGCUUACUAAUCAAGCUGAGCAAACUCUCCAAAUCACGGGAACACCUUCCACUCCUGAAAACCUGUUUCUUGCAACGAUAGCGCAUAUCACAUCUAACUCCAAGGCUGCACAGGUAAAAAGGUCCCUUAUUCUUUUGAGCUUGCCGGUACAUUUAGCUCAAGUAAGUAAGUAAGUGGUCUACUGGGCCCAUGUUCUUACCCCACCCAUUUUUGACAUGGUCACAUGGAGAGAUGUGGUGCAAACCCCUCCCCCUUGUAAUGAUACCUCUUACACAGGUGAAACUUGGCUGCCACCUCCUGGCCCCUUGUGGGACUGUGAGAGGGACUGCAGCCAUUCUGGUUAUUCUAAUGGGUGGUACCUGUUACAUCAGGAGAGGUACUUUUUGGCAGAAGAAUUUUUCUUGCCUGUGGUCACCAACAUCACUGAUAGUAGCUGUCGCAUUCCCUUCUGGCCCCUCUAGUGUAGGAACUGUGUUUUCAAAGGAGGUAAUUGAAUGGAGGGAGCCUGUCAUCAACUUUUUUUUUUUUUUUUUUAAAUAACAGUGUCAGAGUAGGAGGAACCCCUCGGUCUGGCAGACACCUUCCCUCCUGCUCUCACCUGAGGGUGCCCAUCGGAGAUGGCUCAGAUUUGGGAUGGACCUCAGGUCAAGCACCAACCUUAACAUUACCUCCUCUCACAGAUUGACUCUAGGAAAUUGGGGACCUCGCAAUUUAGUAGUGCUGAAGCCUAGCUCUCCCUGGAAUUAUACUUAUCCUUUAAUCAUAGCAGCAGCUCAGCAUGAUGGAACCAUGGACUCAGUGGACCUUCACUGCGCCUCUCCUUGGGCACUUAUAUUUGUCCUCUUUAAAAAAUCUCUGGGUAUUUAGCUAUCCCCCUUUUCCCGCAUAUUGUGAGAAUUAGCAACUCUCGGCCCAUAAGUAAAGUCAUCAUGUGGGUUGCCGUGACACCUGAGCAUAUACUGAUUGGAGUUCCUGCCCAUACAUUUUAGUCCUCACUAACUUACCUGUGCAGAAUACAGUUCUAGCCACCGGCAUCAGCCUCUGAAAGCCCUUGGUGUUACCCACCAGCGAAUGCUACGUGGCUCGCUCUGUUUGUCACCAACCUGAUGUUUCCCUAUUAAAUGUUACUCAUAUUGUGGUAGCCAGACAUGAUGCCAGAGCUUGGCUCCCCACUAGUCUCGCGAGAGAAUGGACAGAAUUUUCUGUCCUUGAGCAAGUCACCUCAGCCCUUGAACUUAGCAGACAAAAACAUUUUCUGGCUAUUCUGAUUGCAGCUGCUAUUGCAGCCACAGCAUUAGCAGCCACAGUGGCAACUACAGCAGUCACUUUGACCCAUUGCUUACAAACUGGCCUGACUAUGGACAGCUAUUUUGCCAGGCAUGGUGUCACAUGCCAAAAAUCUCAGCACACUGGAGGCUAAGGCAGGAAGAUCACCUGGAGUUCGA